AUUCAUCCAAAUUCAAAUGGCCGACUAGCCAAACUAUGGCAAACAGGGGCUUCGUGGGCCGAAUCUGCGCGAUCGGCCUGGCCCGCUACAAGCCCCAAACGCGCAUCUCUCCUAGCCCCUCCCUGCCGCUCUACCACCACCGAGCCGCCGUAGAACGCAGUACCUUACCCCCCACCACCCGCGCCCGCGUCGCCGCCGGCGCCGUCGCCCGUCCGUCCUCGUCGGGGCAUCGCCGUCCCCGCCCCGUUCGUCCGCAGCGUCUGGCCGCCGAGGCUUGAGGUCCCGCCGGCCACCGCCACCAUGUGCGGCAUCCUCGCCGUCCUCGGCGUCGGCGACGUCUCCCUCGCCAAGCGCUCCCGCAUCAUCGAGCUCUCCCGCCGAUUACGGCACAGAGGCCCUGAUUGGAGUGGUAUACACAGCUUUGAGGAUUGCUAUCUUGCGCACCAGCGGUUGGCUAUUGUUGAUCCUACAUCUGGAGACCAGCCAUUGUACAACGAGGACAAAACAGUUGUUGUGACGGUGAAUGGUGAGAUCUAUAAUCAUGAAGAACUGAAAGCUAAGCUGAAAUCUCAUCAGUUCCAAACUGGUAGUGAUUGUGAAGUUAUUGCUCACCUAUAUGAGGAAUAUGGGGAAGAAUUUGUGGAUAUGUUGGAUGGCAUGUUCUCGUUUGUGCUUCUUGACACACGUGAUAAAAGCUUCAUCGCUGCACGCGAUGCUAUUGGUAUCUGUCCCUUAUACAUGGGCUGGGGUCUUGAUGGGUCAGUAUGGUUUUCUUCAGAGAUGAAGGCGUUGAGUGAUGAUUGUGAGCGCUUCAUAUCGUUCCCCCCUGGGCACUUGUACUCAAGCAAAGCAGGUGGCCUAAGGAGGUGGUACAACCCCCCGUGGUUUUCAGAAAGCAUUCCCUCAACCCCUUACGAUCCUCUCCUCAUCCGAGAGAGUUUUGAGAAGGCUGUUAUUAAGAGGCUCAUGACUGAUGUGCCAUUUGGCGUUCUCUUGUCUGGUGGACUUGACUCUUCUUUGGUGGCUUCAGUUGUUUCACGGCACUUGGCAGAAACAAAAGUUGCCAGGCAGUGGGGAAACCAACUGCACACCUUUUGCAUCGGUUUGAAGGGUUCUCCUGAUCUUAAAGCUGCUAAGGAAGUUGCUGACUACCUUGGCACUGUCCAUCAUGAAUUACACUUCACAGUGCAGGAGGGCAUUGAUGCAUUGGAAGAAGUUAUUUACCACAUAGAGACGUACGACGUAACGACCAUUAGAGCAAGUACCCCAAUGUUUCUAAUGUCUCGGAAAAUCAAAUCAUUGGGUGUGAAGAUGGUUCUUUCAGGAGAAGGUUCUGAUGAAAUAUUUGGUGGUUAUCUUUAUUUUCAUAAGGCACCAAACAAGAAGGAACUCCAUGAGGAGACGUGUAGGAAGAUAAAAGCUCUUCAUUUAUAUGAUUGUUUGAGAGCAAACAAAGCAACUUCUGCCUGGGGUCUUGAGGCUCGUGUUCCAUUUCUUGACAAAAGCUUUAUCAAUGUAGCAAUGGACCUGGAUCCUGAAUGUAAGAUGAUAAGACGUGAUCUUGGCCGGAUAGAGAAAUGGGUUCUGCGUAAUGCAUUUGAUGACGAGGAGAAGCCCUAUUUACCCAAGCACAUUCUUUAUAGGCAAAAGGAACAAUUCAGCGAUGGUGUUGGGUACAGUUGGAUUGAUGGGUUGAAGGACCAUGCUAAAGCACAUGUGUCGGAUUCCAUGAUGACGAACGCCAGCUUUGUUUACCCUGACAACACACCCACAACAAAAGAGGCCUACUAUUACAGGACCGUAUUCGAGAAGUUCUAUCCCAAGAAUGCUGCUAGGCUAACGGUGCCAGGAGGUCCCAGCAUCGCAUGCAGCACCGCUAAAGCUGUCGAAUGGGACGCCGCCUGGUCCGAGCUCCUCGACCCGUCUGGCCGCGCCGCUCUUGGCGUGCAUGAUGCGGCGUACGAAGAGAAGGCUCCUGCAUCGGUCGAUCCUGUCGUGGAUAACGUCUCCCGUUCACCUGCACAUGACGUCAAAAGGCUCAAAACCGCCAUUUCAGCAGCUGCUGUAUAACCUUCUAUUCCAUGGUUCCAAAAAUGCCGUCGCUUAGUUUAAUUCUAGCUUUCCUGUCUGUAGUUCAUUCAGUCAUGCAGUGCAGAAAUCUCUUUGCUCUACUUUUUCGUUCAUGUUUUGCUUUCGCAUGUAUGUACCAAGUUAGUUUGUUUAUGCAGUGAGCAUUUGCGUUGUAAAUAAAUAUUUCACCGUGGUUGAUAUCCUUAGUGUUUGGUUUGCAAACUGCAAACUUGCACUAAUAAAUUCCAACAAUGAUGCUUUCUAUA